GUCAAGUGGAUUUGGAUUCUGACUGCCAACUUCAAGCGUUUGGUUCCUAACCUAAUCAACAUCUCAUCAGACUCAUCUACUACUACUAGUACAUACCUAGUACUUAUAUGUGUUUCUCAACAAACACAAAACAUCUAUCAUUGAUUGAAUCUACUCGAGACUCCCGAGGCCCGAUCUUAAUAUUAGAACCGGGGAAAGGAUGCACAUUUCCCUGAAUCCUAAAAGGGAAACGCCGAGCUACCAAAAGCAGUAUCGAGAUGGCCGAUAUCAUGGAUGUUGACGAGCCGAGAGGCACCAAACGAAAAGCACCGCCAUCUUCGGUAGAUGAAAGUGGGCCUCGCCGGAUCAAGGCAUUGGAUCCGGAUGUUGUGAACAAGAUUGCUGCCGGUGAGAUCAUUGUUGCACCAGUACAUGCUUUGAAGGAGUUGAUCGAGAAUGCCGUCGACGCAGGCUCAACGUCCUUGGAAGUGCUGGUAAGAGAUGGCGGCCUCAAGUUACUACAGAUAACUGAUAACGGUCAUGGCAUUGAUAAAGAGGACUUGCCGAUCCUCUGUGAGAGGUUCACCACUUCCAAACUAAAAAGCUUCGAGGACUUGGGUAAUAUCAACACAUAUGGCUUCAGAGGCGAGGCUCUUGCCAGUAUUAGUCAUAUUGCUCACUUAACUGUUACCACAAGGACUAAAGAUUCAGAUUGCUCAUGGCGUGCCCACUACGACAGCGGCAAGCUGUCACCUGCAAAGCCCGGCCAGUCAGCUGACCCCAAGCCCAUUGCUGGCCGAAUUGGUACCCAAAUCUCCGUGGAGGAUUUGUUCUACAACGUUCCAACGCGGCGCAGGGCAUUUAGGUCACCCGCAGAUGAAUAUAACAAGAUUAUUGACAUGGUGGGACGCUAUGCUAUCCACUGCGGCGGCGUCGCCUUCUCGUGCAAAAAGCAUGGUGAUUCGGGUACAUCAAUCACCGUACAACCCCAAGCCUCCACCAUAGACCGAAUCCGUCAGAUACAUGGAAGUGCUGUUGCGAGCGAAUUGAUCGAAUUCGCCGCCUCUGAUGAUCGCUGGGGUUUCAAGGCUUCGGGCUGGGCGACAAAUGCGAAUUAUCACAUCAAGAAAACAACCCUUCUCCUUUUCAUUAACCAUCGUAGCGUGGAGUCAUCUAAUAUCAAGAAGGCCGUGGAGCAGACAUAUUCCGCCUUCCUUCCUAAGAAUGGCCAUCCGUUUGUUUAUCUCAGUCUUGAGAUUGACCCUCAACGAGUUGAUGUCAACAUUCACCCGACGAAGCGAGAAGUCAACUUCCUCAAUGAAGAUGAAAUCAUACAAUGUAUAUGUGAGAAUAUGCGCGAUAAACUUGCAGCCGUCGAUACAAGUCGCACAUUCUUGACACAGACUCUACUUCCUGGUUCCAUGCUUGCUGAUAACCCAACUCAGCAAAAUGUUGACACCCCAGCUAAGACACCGGGUACUGUGCGGAAAACACCCGUCCGGGCUAAUGAAAGUACUAUGGUGCGAACUGACGCUUCGUUACGUAAAAUCACUAGCAUGUUUCCUGCAGCCUUGCAAGCCCCGGGCGAUGGUGCGUUUAAUAAUGCCGCACUUCAUAUCCCCCAAGAGCCGGUCUACGAAACGACAGACCGCGAACCAAUUCUAUGUCGACUCAGUAGCGUGCGGGAACUUCGGUCUGCGGUUAGAGAUGAUAUGCACCACGAGCUCACCGAAAUAUUUGCCAAUCACACGUUCGUGGGUAUCGUAGAUGAGAAACGCCGCCUAGCUGCUAUUCAAGGUGGCAUCAAACUAUUUCUCAUCGACUACGGCCGAGCGUGUUUCGAGUAUUUCUACCAGGUCGGUCUCACUGAUUUUGGCAACUUCGGCGUGAUAAAAUUUCAGCCAGCGCUUAACUUGCGAGGGGUACUUAAAAUUGCAGCCGAGCAGGAAAAGGUUGCUGCCGUGGGUGACGAUGAUUUUGAUGUGGACGAAGUCGUAGAGACGGUAGCGGAACAGUUGAUCGAGAGAAGAGAGAUGCUCCUCGAGUAUUUUAGCCUCGAGGUUUCUCCCGCUGGCGAACUGUUAAGCAUCCCCCUUUUACUAAAAGGGUACACGCCGUCUCUGGCCAAACUGCCCCAGUUCCUACUUCGCCUCGGUCCUCACGUAAAUUGGACCGACGAGAUGUUAUGCUUCGAGACUUUCCUCAAGGAACUAGCGACCUUUUACGUCCCGGAACAACUCCCAACUCUCCCCGGUAGUGGUGGUGAUGGCGAGGCGGAAGAAAAUAUCCCGGAUGAGAUUAAGGCUAGACGAACGCAGAUUCGACAUGCGGUGGAGCAUAUCUUCUUCCCGGCGUUCAAGGCGAGGUUGGUGGCUACCAAGUCGUUCAUGAAGGGUGGCGUGCUAGAGUUGGCGAGUCUGAAGGGGCUGUAUAGGGUCUUUGAGCGGUGCUGAUCGUAGUGGAUGGAAAGGAUGAGAUGGGAUACCCCCCUUGUGAUUUGCGAGGAGGGGAGGGAGGGGCAUUGCUAAUUGCUUGCUUGCUAUGUGUAAUACACCUGGGUGAAAUGUGAAGGGCACCUAGCUACCUACCUAUAAUAUAGGCAUGAGCUCUAUGUAUCAUAGUUCCAAGGUUGCUUGUGCAUUUUAGGGGGUACAAUAGAGCACGUAUGAGGUAGGGGAUCAUGUAUAAGAAUAUUGAAGUUUGUUGCAAGAUACUAGGUUAGGUACCUACCUAGUAGAUAUAGAUACUUCCAUGGCAUCUAUGUAAAAAG